AUGGCCACAUCUGGGGAAAGCUGUGAAAUGCGCUCAUCUGUGGGACCAAGAGGAAAACAGGAUUUGGUGAACACCUGCAAUGCCUCUGCCGCCAGAAUGAAUGCUAUCCUGAAGGACCCCCCCAAAAGAUUGCAGAAUCCUUUAGAACAAGUUAAUGAUGGAAAAUAUUUACUUGAAAAUCACCAGAUGGCCAUGGAUAUGGAGAAUAACAUUGAAAAAUAUCACCUCAAUCUACAGCCCCUGGAAUCAAAGGUGAAAAUCAUUCAGAGAGCCUGGCGUGAGUACCUGCAGAGGCAGGACCCCCUGGAGAAGAGGAGCCCGUCCCCACCCUCUGUGUCCUCGGAGAAGCUGAGCAGCUCUGUCAGCAUGAACACCUUCUCAGACAGCAGCACACCCGUGAGUGCCAUGUUUCCUUUUUAUGGCCUGAUAGGCCAGUCAAUUGAUCAGCAGGUCUUGGGUUCCAAGAAGGAAAUGUUGAGAUAUUUGGGAAAAAAAGAAAUGGGGAGAUCUGCAGCAUGUUGGGGUGAACAGAGUUAUGUGGCCUCACCUCUCAGGCAGGUCAAUGCAAAAGCACCCUUCCAACAGCUGCACGACUCCAACCACAAGGCCUUACUUCACAACUGGUCAGGAAGAAUUACAGUUCUGAGCAGCUUCAAAGAUCAGUGGUCUGGGCCAGCUAAAGACCCCAUUACUUCAGUUGUCCUGGAGAGAAGUCCAUGGAGCUCUCAUAUGGUUGGGGCUGCUUGGGUUGCCCUAGCUUUCAGCAAGAGUUACUGGAUAGUUAGCAACAGGCAGCCAGGUGACCCACCACACCUUCCCAAUAUGCUACAAAAGCCAGUACUGCUUCUGUCUGCCAAACACGACAUGUACACCUACAUUCAAACUGCUUUAUUACCCUCAGGUUUUAUUGCCCAUUUUGAGAUUUACAACUUCCAGGCUUUAAAUACAUCACGAAAAAUCUUGGGACUAAAAGGAAAAAGGCUUCUUACAAAGUCACACUUGUUUUGGAGGGGAACUCAGACUCUCAAAGAAGAUUUCCUGGGCCUUCUCCCAGUACAGUCUUAA